CAAACCAGGUUGUUAAAAAACAAUGUUCUCUUCACCAAUUUAACAAAUUAAUUUCAUUUUUCAUUCAUUUUAAAGCCAAAAAUACAAAAUGAGAUAUACUCUGACAUAUACAGCCAGCGUGCUAAGCACCACAGUCAUCCUAAUUCUAACACUGUAUUACGUCUUCACUGGUAAAGGCGAACAAAUCAGUCUUGCAUGGAUCCUGGAAGGCUUCUCCCCCUAUCUAUGGGCCGCCAUAGGCAUAGGGAUGGCAGUCGCCCUCUCCGUCGUCGGUGCCGCAGGAGGAAUCCACACCACGGGGGUCAGUAUCGUGGGUGCCGGAGUCAAAGCGCCAAGAAUCAAAACAAAGAACUUGAUUUCGAUCAUUUUUUGCGAAGCUGUGGCUAUCUACGGCCUGAUUACCGCCAUCGUCCUGUCGAGCAACUUUCAGGAAUACACUGGUGUGGUCCUCACUGAAAAACUUCGCGCUACCAACUGGCUGGGGGCUUACAUUAUUUUCGGGGCUGGAGUUACCGUGGGUUUGGUUAACCUUUUCUGCGGUUUGUGUGUCGGGGUUGUGGGUUCGGGCGCCGCGAUUGCAGAUGCCGCGAAUUCGUCGCUUUUUGUCAAGAUUUUGAUUAUCGAGAUUUUUGGUAGCGCUAUUGGUUUGUUUGGGCUCAUCGUGGGAGUUUAUCUUACGUCGAAAGGCUCGAUGGGUGUGUAGAGGGCUCUAUAUUAGGGUACAAGUUAGUUCCGUCUUUGUAUAUUAUCCAUCUAUGUACGUAUUAUUUAAGUUGUGAUGUAGACAAGGAAAUUAAAUACACUGUUAGUUUAA